AGUUCAUCCACUUUAGGCCUGUAAUUCCAGGCACAAGCUCUAAGUUGAAUUUGAGAGCUCGGCAAACUAUCUCGACCGCGACAUUCGAACAUCCACCCAUUGCCCUUCGUCAUCACCCAAUUCGUCUUUUUCGGUCUUGUCUAAUUAUUCACAAUGGCUGGUAUCGCUUAUUACACCAUUGCUGGCAAGCAGGUCGCCGGUCACUACCUCGCCAUGGCCUGGUUGGGAACUCUCGUCGUCGGUACCAAGCUUGCCCUGUCUGGCGGCUCCUCUAAGCCCACCGCUACCGCUACUCCUCCCAUCAACGCCUCCAGCUCCGACGAGGCCGACUUCAUCAAGAACUUCCUUGAUCAGCAGGACAAGAAGAACUAGACGGUUGAAUCGAAGACGAUGGUUUUAUGGUUGUUUGGGUACGGUGUAUGUUUAUAAGUCAUGCAGACAUGAGCUGUCCAUCGAGCCGGACAGCCGAAUUCAGAUACCAACAAAAGCCGAUUUCGCCAAUUGUGGCAUAACGAA